UCGUUAAGCCAAGAAGAAGAAGACACAGUGAAACCAAUUGAAAAUAAUAAUGUGCUAAUGAUAACCUACAUUAGAUAUUAGAGAGUGACAUCAUUGUUUACAAUUUCACGCAUGACAAGAUUGGGUGGUUUAGUACAAAAAAUGAAAGAUACUAUAUUUGAAUAAAUUAUUCAAACAUAUAAUCUUUCUCAACUGCAAUACAAUAUAAUCAUUAUUCCAUUUGUUUGUUGUGUGGUAUGUGUCAUAGAGUAAGUAAGAUGUUUGCCUUUUGCUUUAAAUUAAACACGACACAUAAAUACUCCGUAUGCUACAAAACGGGUCUGCUUUUCCGGAGAGUCUCAAAUUAUUUUCACUGUUCCAAAGAUCGUACAAGACGUCGCAAGUGCCUAAAGUGAAACAUUUCUGUUGUAUGGUUGGUUUGAUCUAGCUCAGUUGAAUUACAGCUGUCGCAAUGGUAACAUUGAACGGGUCGUUUUUAAUUCGUUCGCAACUUAAACGAGUAAUAGUAGCGUCAAUUGUUGUUAGUGUGCUUGUAUAUUUUGGUGUAGUGCUGUUUAUUGACAAAAAUGUAACGAAACCAAUAGCAGAAGUAAAUCGAGAUCGAUUGUUACAUCUACGCGAGGCAUGUGAACGCACCAAUAAUGCUGGAAGUACGUCUUGCUGGAAGCACGUCUUGCAGACAAAAUUGCAUUGCAUUUCAUUACUACUACCAUUUUUUGUAGAAUAUACAAUCGAAACAUCUUUCUACAUCCAUGUGAAAAACGAGAGCCUAUUAUACUGCUUGGUGUUCAAGUCCGGUACCACCACCUGGUUCUAUAACAUCAAUCGAUGGGCUGGUUAUAGUGAAGAAACAAUACUGGAUGAUAAAACGGACAACUUUAUGCUGGCACGCCAAAAGUACCCUUGGGAGAAUCCACGCGUGCUGCUUACUAGUAUGAAAAACACCUACUCCUUCAUCGUGGUGCGCGAUCCCUUUGAACGGCUGAUUAGUGCCUACGAGGAACGUUUACUUGGACAAUUGCACCCGUACUUUACAAGUCUGUCCCAUCAUAUCUACAAACGAUACCAUGACGAUGGUAAUGAGUACGGUAUUCCUUCGUUUCAAGACUUUGCCCGAUAUGUGGUAGACGAAGCAAGGAGCGAACAGCCGUCCGAUCUUCAUUGGCGACCGAUAAAUGAUUUGUGUACGCCGUGCUUGGCUCGAUACGACUCGAUCAUAAAAAUGGAAACGUUCGGGCAAGACUUAGCGUACCUGGCGAAUCGUACUCAGUUGCAAGACAAAAUUAAAACGGUGCACAUGAAUCAUUCGCGUCGCGAUCCACUCAUACGGUUGAUAGAAAAAUAUUUUUCACAACUGACCAAACAACAAUACGAAGAUCUUUACGAAGUUUAUCGAAUAGAUUUUGAAUUGUUCCAAUACUCACCGGAUAAGUAUCUUAAGUUUAUCAAACAAACAUAAUAAAUUGUAAUAUUGGUGUAGCGGUUCAAUAAACAAUGCGAGAUUUUCGUUGUUAACUGAUUUUUUUUUAUUACGA